AUGGACAAAUCUUAUGAGUUUAAGCGUAAGUCCCUUUACUGGAAUUCCGUACUUAAAUCUGAUUCCGAUAAUUUAAACACUUUUUAUAACGAUGAUUCCACAAUAGAUAGAUACUCUAUGUUAUCUUCUUUGUUGUUUAAUAGAUUGUUAUCUUUGGAAUCGCUUUUAUCACCUUACACAGUUUUCAAUGAUGAACAAUCAUUUAAGUUUAAUAAAUUUGGUAUUUUAACUUUACCUAAUACCAAUAAUUUGCACACAUUUGUCACGUCAAAGAGACUUUUGUUCAACAAAAUAGGAAUAGAAUCUAUAGUUCAUGACACAAUGAUAUUAGGAGAAAUGAUAAAUCAAAUGGAUGAAUCAUUAGUCAAUGACACAAACAAAUCUAACAAAUCAAAUUCACUUAGGAAGCAUAGAGAAGGGAUCAACUCAUGCUUAAAAUACUUGUUCCAAAUACUAAAGGAUGACGUUCAGAACUACCAAAGGCUAAAGUUAAAGUUCGAAUCGUCGGUUAUUAACACAGUUAAGGUGAUGACGGAGAACCUCAGUGAAGUUAGGAACAUUGAUUCAUCGAAAAGCAACGACUCUAUACCAAAUACAUACUUAUCGCAUUUUAUUAAAACAUGUAACAAAUCUCAAUCUGACUGUGAUUUAUCUGAAAAACAAAUGUCACAAUCAAUUUCAGAUAACUCAGAAUACUCAUCUCCAGAUCCAAACAUACUAGGGGUAUCAACAUCAUCAAAUCAAAAAUACACAUUACGAUCGGACAAUAAUAUUAUAAAUAAAGACUUUGUUGGUAAUAAUUCACGCUUAUCACAAGGAUCGCUCACAUACGAAAGGGGAGCAUACAACAUAUCGAGCAACUACAUAGACCAUUCUGAGCUUGAUACACAACAGGUGUCAGACACACUUGAACAGGAGCACGCACGGACAGUGAAUAGCAUAAACGAACAAAUAAAAGCAAACGAGCUUCAGGCUAUAAACUCUGUGCAGGAGCGACUGACUGAAAUUUCCUCAAUGUUCGUGAAGCUAACGGGAACUGUAGAGCAGCAGAACGAACUGCACCAAAUUAUCAACACCAACGUCCAGGAAUCGAUAACGAACAUAGAAAAAACGCAAGACUCAUUAAAGAAAACCAGCAAGGAGAGCCUCCCAUUCUAUCACAGAAUUCUUUGCACAGCGCUAGUCGGAUUAUCAGUUUUUCUCCUGUUCAUAGACUACCUAAAGAGCUCUAAGGGAUCAAACAAACGUUACAAAAAUAAAACAUUAAAAAUUGUUUAA